AUGUCUAGAGAUGUCGACGUGCGACAGGAGAUCCUGCAUAAGACGCUCCAAGAAGUAGCGCAAGAGGACAAUGGCGAUGAGCUGGCUAACCCGUGCGUCAUCUGCCUAGAGGCAAUCACAGAACCAGCUGUCACGGUGCCUUGCGCGCAUGCGAAUUUCGACUUUUUAUGUAUCGUGAGCUGGCUGGAACAGCGCCGUAACUGUCCGUUAUGUAUGCCUCCCUAUCUCUGCAAUCGACCCUCGCUUUCGGUUCACUUUGUACUAACAUUCCUAGGCAAGAGUGAUGUUCACACUGUCAAGUACGAGCUUGAGAACCCCCAAGGUCCGAAGCUUUACAAACUACCUGCUGUUCCUCCAUCCGCUGCAAAUGCGCCUGACUCUACAUCUCAACACCGAGGGCUGUUAUCCCGUGGUCCUCGCCACCGACGUCAGCCCGCAGAAAGCCCACGACCCCGAGAGCCGGACGAUCCCAUUAUACGGCGGCAAUAUGUCUACCGUCAUCAGCUUUACUCACUAAGAGUCGGCUCGAACAGACUCUCCCAGUACCGCGAACUAUCACCAGAAUCGUUCAAUCGUGACGAGGAGCUGGUCUCUCGGGCACGGAAAUGGAUCCGGCGCGAACUUCGGGUGUUUGCUUUCUUAAAUCCGGAAGGAGAGGCUGGACCAGGCCCUAGUCGGGUGGCUCGGCCUGGUCAGCAGCGUCUUGAGAGCCGACGGGGGAGUAAUGCCGAGUUUUUACUCGAGUACGUUAUUGCGAUUCUCCGCACUGUUGAUAUCAAGGGCAGUGCGGGGCAGGCGGAAGAGCUCUUACGCGACUUCCUAGGAAGAGACAAUGCGCGCUUGUUCUUGCAUGAGUUACAGGCUUGGUUGCGAAGUCCUUAUACGUCCCUGGAGGAUUGGGAUCGCCAUGUUCAGUACGAGGAUAGUACUCCUGGAGGCCCUUUCUCUCGCCCCGCCGGUGAAGACUCCGGGGCCUCUGAUCGGACCGCGACUCCGGUCUACCGAGGUGCACAACGCUCAUUCCGCGGCAGAGUAUCAAAACCUCAUCGUCCCCGAGGGUGUCAACCACCAGGUAGAUCGAGAGAUGCCUUGGCGCAAGCAAGACGGCUACAAUAUGCACGGGACAGAUAUAUUCCUGACUGA